CACCAAAUACAGAAUGUGGUGAAACAUGAUCUCAUCCCAACCAUUAACAAAAAAAAUAAGCGACGUUCGUAGCAUGCUGAAAAAAAAAUAAUAAAUUGCAAAGAAAGUAAAUUCCGACUGUUUGAGCCAAAAUGGCGCAUUUGCCCCAACGAUUGUUUGCUAGCGUCACCGGGAAGCGCUAUCCAAGUAACUGCCUGCUUCAAAUAUUUUUCCAAGAGAAGUAAAUACAACAUCUCACGCGUUAAAAUUCGAAUUAUGAUGACUAAGAAAAAUAUUUAGUCGAAAUUGUCCUCAUAUUGAAAAGUAAGUGAUUACAGAAAGGUAAAACAAAUAUUUUCAAAAACAAACGGUCCACGCGUACUGGGGUCCUUUGUGUGUUGACGGAAAAUCUGAGAGGGCCUAUUCAGACCACGUUAGAAUAUUUGCAGUUUAAACUACGCUUCAUUUUCCCCAUGAAUUUGGAUCUUUCCAACUGGGAUAACGUGAAGAAUAUCGCAUACUAGUGAACAGAACGCUUUCAUUGGACAACCGAAAACACCAUGCAAUGAGCUCCCCGGCCAUUCAAUAAGUCUAGUCACUCGAUCCCACUGUCUUCAGCUAGCUAGCUAACAUUAGCUUAGCUAUCUAGCUAACGUUAGGCUACAGACGUCGAACAUUUUGGCUGUGCUCAAAUAUUAACCAGGUAGCUAUGACAUCCUCCAUGGUAGUCCCUGUUAUUGAUGUGCAGAAUGAUAAUUUCAAAGAACUGUGGCCUGCUAUGGUCCUUGCAAUCAAGACGGCCUCCUUCAUCGCACUGGAUACGGAAUUGAGUGGCCUUGGAAAUAGAAAAGCUUUGCUGGCAGAAUGCAUAGAGGACCGUUACAAAGCCAUAUGCAAUGCAGCUCGCACACGCUCCAUUCUCUCCCUUGGGUUUGCUUGUUAUAAGAAACUUGAAAACAAGGAUGAUGAUGAUACGUACCUUGUGCAGGUGUACAACCUGACAUUGCUCUGCAGUGAGGAGUACGUAAUUGAACCACAGUCCGUGCAGUUCCUGGUGCAACAUGGAUUUGACUUCAACAAACAAUAUGCUGAAGGUGUCCCUUAUCUCAGGGGCAAUGACAGGAGAGUGGAUGCCCAUGGAAUGAACAUGAGGAUGCUGUUUGUGGAACUCCUACGGGCUCGCAAGCCUUUGGUGCUGCACAAUGGCCUGAUUGACAUGGUGUUCCUUUAUCAGUGCUUCUAUGCCCAACUGCCGGAUAAACUAUGCACGUUCACUGCUGACUUGUCCCAGAUGUUCCCUGCUGGGAUCUAUGACACCAAGUACGCUACAGAGUAUGAGCUGCGCUUUGCUGCCUCUUACCUGGAGUAUGCCUACAAGAAGUGCAAACUGGACAACAGCAAGUCGAUUGAGGCUGGUGGUGGUGGACGCCAUCUGUUCCUGGAGUUCUGCAAAUACUCGGCGCCCCUGAGCAACUAUGUGGACUAUAGGGCCUGUCUAGCUGGGUUUAGCCCGGAUGGACUUCUCAAUGUCUGCCAGCGCUUCUCUGCUUAUGGUUGGUGCCCCAAUGGGUCACAGUGUCCCUUGUCACAUGACACUGACCUCAUCAUCCAGCACGAUGAAAAGGAAAAGAAAAAGAAACGGAAGAGGAAAAGAAAGAACUCUUCUCAGGGGACAGUUGAAGGUGCCCCCAAGAGCAAGCAGCCCCAUAUGGAGCUAAAGCAGGACCAGGUGAUCCCUGACAAACACACCAAACCGCCCCCUCCCACAGAGCUGGUAGAUGGGGCUCAGGCACAGAUGCCGGUAGAUGGGGCUCAGGCACAGAUGCCAGAGAGCGAUGAGAAGAUGAAGACUAAGGUGGAAGAAGGCAACGGAGUCAGAGAGCCACAGGCUGUGUCUGCAGAUGAGAAAAUGAAGACAGACAAAGAGGUGGAAAGAAAUGGAGUGUCAGAGCCACAGCCUCUGGCCACACCAGAUGCAGAGAAGAAAGAAGAGUCCAAAAGGAAGAAGCUGGAGGGAGGUACCCACCGGGCAGGGUUUGACGCAUUCAUGACGGGCUACAUUUUCUCCUAUGCUGCCACUUUGACAGAGAGAGUAGGUAAGCCACUGAGCUCAGAGACCUGGCUCCCAGAGUGCCUGAACAAGGUUUACCUCAGUGGCAAGUCUGUCCCGAUGCAUAUCGUCAAGAGCACAUUCUCCAAGUCCUUCAAGGCUCACUUGCACAAGAUGGAUGUCGUGUGGGGGAAGGGUGUGGUUAGCAAAGUAGAUGGAACGGUAUAAAGAUUAAAUGGAACCAAACCUAUUCCUGGUUUAUAAUAAAGCCUUUUUAGUUAAAAUACUUCUUAGUUUAAGUACUUUAAGUACUUCUUAGCUGUACCUUUUAAGUACUUCUUAGCUGUACCUUUUAGUUUAAUUUUAUGCAGUAUUGUUUCAAUAAAGGCUUUUCCUUGGU